AUGCUACACAGACACAGUUCUAAACAAAAGAACUUCGAGAGUAUCGCUGGGAAGGUCGUCCACGACCUUGCAGGUUUUCAAUUGCUCUCUAAAAACGUUCAAAAAUCUGCCAUCCAAAGUGGUCAUCAAGGAUCGACAAAUACGGCUGACACUGCAUCACAGGGUAUGGCUAAUAAGUAUUCAGUUCCCAAAAAAGGGUUGCCUGCUGAUUUGUCUUAUCAAUUGAUUCAUAAUGAAUUGACACUUGAUGGUAAUCCACACCUGAACCUUGCCAGUUUCGUGAACACCUUUACAACUGAUCAGGCAAGGAAAUUGAUCGACGAGAAUUUGACCAAGAAUUUGGCUGAUAAUGAUGAAUAUCCGCAAUUAAUUGAGCUAACCCAGCGUUGUAUUUCUAUGCUAGCCCAAUUAUGGCAUGCAAACCCUGAUGAAGAACCAAUCGGUUGUGCCACCACAGGUUCCAGUGAGGCAAUCAUGCUGGGGGGGCUCGCCAUGAAAAAAAGAUGGGAACACAGAAUGAAGAAUGCUGGUAAAGAUGCUUCCAAGCCAAACAUUAUAAUGUCUUCUGCGUGCCAAGUGGCACUGGAGAAAUUUACAAGAUAUUUUGAGGUGGAAUGCAGAUUAAUUCCGGUAUCUCACAAAAGCCAUCAUAUGCUUGACCCAGAGUCCCUAUGGGACUAUGUAGAUGAGAACACUAUUGGCUGUUUCGUAAUUUUAGGGACCACCUAUACUGGUCACUUGGAAAAUGUAGAGAAAGUUGCUGAUGUUUUGUCCCAAAUUGAGGCCAAGCAUCCCGAUUGGAGUAACACUGAUAUUCCAAUUCAUGCAGACGGUGCCUCAGGUGGGUUUAUUAUUCCAUUUGGAUUUGAAGAAGAGCACAUGAAAGCCUAUGGUAUGGAGCGUUGGGGGUUCAACCAUCCACGUGUGGUUAGUAUGAACACCAGCGGUCAUAAGUUUGGGCUAACCACACCCGGUCUGGGUUGGGUACUAUGGAGAGAUGAAUCCCUUUUGGCUGAUGAAUUGAGGUUCAAGCUAAAGUACCUUGGCGGCGUAGAGGAAACUUUCGGUUUGAAUUUUUCAAGACCCGGAUUCCAAGUGGUCCAUCAAUAUUUCAAUUUUGUCUCUCUUGGUCAUUCAGGAUACAGAACGCAAUUCCAGAAUUCUUUGUUUGUGGCAAGAGCAUUUUCUUUCGAACUGCUAAAUUCAGCAAAAUUGCCUGGAUGUUUCGAGAUUGUCAGCAGUAUCCACGAAAGCAUUGAGAAUGAUUCCGCCCCAAAAUCAAUUAAAGAUUACUGGGAACAUCCUCAGGCGUACAAACCGGGCGUACCGCUAGUAGCCUUCAAACUAUCCAAAACGUUCCAUGAAGAAUAUCCGGAAGUGCCACAGGCGAUUCUAUCCUCGUUGCUAAGAGGCAGAGGUUGGAUAAUACCAAAUUAUCCAUUACCAAAGGCCACAGAUGGGUCCGAUCAGAAGGAGGUAUUAAGAGUGGUUUUCCGAUCAGAGAUGAAGUUGGAUUUAGCACAGUUGUUAAUUGUUGACAUCGAGAAUAUUUUGACAAAGUUGAUUCAUAGUUACGAAAAGGUCUGUCAUCAUGUAGAACUCGCUUCUGAACAAACUCCAGAGCGCAAGAGUUCGUUUAUCUACGAAAUGUUGUUGGCAUUGGCAUCCCCACAAGAUGACAUCCCAACGCCGGAUGAAAUUGAAAAGAAAAAUAGGCUAAAGGAAACAACGACGAGAAACUAUAGAGGUACAUGUUGA